AUGUCAAAACUCUGUGGUUUGAACGUAGUUCAGCUACGAGAAGAACUACAGAAACGAAGUGGCAACAAAGAAGUACUAGUAGCACGUCUGAGAGAAGCUCUCAUUGACGAAGGUAAGAACCCAGACGAAUUCAAGUUUGAUGGUGCUGACGAAGACAAUGAAAUUAGCACAGGCACGUUUACAACCGCUAAAAUGAUGGAACUUCUGCUUAGUAUGUCAACUGAAAUAAAACAACAGAUCAAGGAACAGUCCGAACAGAUCGAAGAACAGUCCGAACGACAGUCCGAACGACAGACAGAGGAGUUAAAACAGAUCAAAAACCAGCUAAAACACGUAAAAUUGGAAGUGGCUGAACAGAUUGAAAAACAGUCAACAAGAAUAGAAAUGAUCGAGCAGAAACUUGAUCGUCAGACCGUUGAAGUAGAUCACAAGAUAGACAAAUUGAAGCGAGAAAUGGAGCAAUCCAAAAAAAUGGCCAUGCCGUUAGAUCACGCAUCCGGAAGAACUUUGAAGGUACCAGCAUUUGACGGAGAGAUGUCCUGGAACGUUUAUAAAACCCAGUUCGAAGCAGCGGCAACUAGUGACUCAGCAGAGGUUCUUCAGACGAUUCCGGCGGAGAACCACUUCAACUACGAAGUUCUGGUUAGCGCGUUGGAUUUACGUUAUGGUGAAGAACACAUGAAACAGAUUUAUCGGUCUCAGCUUAGAAACAGAACGCAACGAUCUGGUGAAUCCAUUCAGCAGCUGGCACAAGAUAUUGAACGGUUGACAUUGCUGUUGUAUCCGACAUCAGACCCCGAGCAUAGAGACGAAACUGCCCUGGAUACGUUUAUCAAAGCCCUUCGUGAUUCGGAACUCAAGCAAUCCCUUCUCUUGUCAGAUAAACGAAAACUCAAGGAUGCCGUUGCGCACAGUCUCACUUUUGAAUCGGCAAAGCAAGCAUCAAAAAGUGACGUACGUCUACGCCAAGUACAUGAAGAAUGCUCUUGCCAGAAGGUGGUUGUGAAACGCGAACCCCAACAGCAUGGUGUACCCUAA